ACACAUACAAAAAUUGACGUGCGUUAGAAAAAAAAAACAAACACAACUGAGCAGCUGAGUUACUUUAAAUUCAAUAAACAAAACGGCUGCAGUUUAUUUAUACUUUGCUCUUCGCUCAGAUUGUGAAAAAUCAAAUCAGCAGCACCUUGUCGCAAAUAAUCGAGUGUGCUUUUUGAAAGACAGAAGCGCGUUUAACGAGAACAAAAAAGGACUCGAAGCGAAUUUGCGUAUUAACGCAAAAUAACAACAAACGAGAACGGGGCAAAGGGGCCACGCUCUGAAGCUCUUGGAGAGGGGACGAAGGAGCACUACAACAACAACAACAACAACAACAACAUACACACACACACAAUGGUUGAGCCUAUUUUUGAUUAUCAAUUUCGCUUAAUACUCAUCGGCGACAGCACCGUGGGCAAAAGUUCGCUGCUGAAAUUCUUUACAGAUGGAAAAUUUGCGGAGCUAUCUGAUCCCACAGUGGGCGUUGACUUUUUCGCCCGCCUCAUCGAAAUGAAGGACGGCAAACAGAUCAAACUGCAGCUGUGGGACACGGCCGGACAGGAGCGUUUCCGUUCAAUAACAAAGUCCUACUAUCGCAAUUCGGUUGGCGUGCUGCUCGUCUAUGAUAUAUCGAAUCAUGCCAGCUUCGAGCAUAUACCCCUCUGGAUGAUGGAGGCGCAGCGUCACAUCGAGCCGCAUCGGCCGGUGUUCGCAUUGGUCGGCUGUAAGCUGGAUCUGGUGAAUGCGGGCGGGCAUCGUGAGGUGUCCACCGAGGAGGCGCAAACAUUUGCCAAACAGCAUGGCCUGCAUUUUGUGGAGACAUCGGCGCGCACCGGCGCCAACGUUGAGGAGGCUUUCCGCAUGGUCACACAGGAGGUCUAUGCCCGUAUACGUUCCGGCGAAUACAAGGCCGAGGAUGGCUGGGAUGGCAUCAAGUCGGGCUUUGCGCGGCCCAAUAGUCUGGACUUUAAUCUGGUUAUGGCUGAGCCCGAGAAAUCCUCCUGCUGUUGAUUAAAUUAAACCGAAUGCGAGUGUUUAAUUUGAUUUGUUUUGUUUCCAAUUUUCCAGACAUAUACAUUAUAUGUGUAUAUACAUAUAUUUUUUAUUUAAUUUUUUUUUUUUUUUUUUUUUUGUAAUCGGAAUUUUAAUUGAUCGUGCACCAAGUUGAUCUUUGACCUCAUAUAAAGUGCAUUGAUUGGCGAUUUGUAACAUUUUUUUGUUGACUCGUUUUUAAUAACGCACCAAAAAUAACUAAAGUAAUAGAAAUCAAAAUAAGGAAGUGCAAGCGUAUUGCGGUUACUUUUAGUUUCGUUCUUAAGUUAAUCCAAAUAUUGCAUCGUUGACGAUGACCAUUCGGCCGAUUAGAUGACUCAUUUAAGUACAAUAUGUUAUUUGCCUUUAAUUCGAAACCAAACAAAUUCUUACCGAAAGCGAAAUAACAGCCAAGCGUCAUUCACAAAACUCUUUUUCUGAUUAAAAACUUUUUCAGCUUUAUACGUAGCAGAGAUUUGUGCUCUACUAAUUAACUUAUACAAGAAAUACUUAUAUAUAUAGAUAUAUAUAUAUAUAUAGAUAUACAUAUAUAAAAAGCAAGGUUGCAUAUACUUGAACUUGAAAUAUAAACGUUUUUAUUGAUUAA